AUUGGCUGCCAGUAGGCCACGCCCUCCGGCUGCUGAUUGGUGGAACCUGUCAGGGUGACACUCGGGGAGAAAAUGGCGGCUUUACGCUACCGGCGUUUUCUGAAGCUUUGUGAAGAAUGGCCGGUGGAUGAGAGCAGGGGGGGCAGAGACCUGGGGGCCUUCUUACGGCAACGGGUGGCCCAGGCUUUCCGGGAAGGCGAAAACACGCAGGUCAGCCUUUUUGGCACGAUCGAGCGCGGGAAUGUGUCAUUCACAGUGUUUGGUUGCAGGGCACGCGUGAUUGGUCAGAUGUGAGGGGGCGGGGCUAAGUUGACAAGUUAUAUAGUACUCGAGAUUUUGUUAAAGGGUUUUUUUUUGUAAGCUUUCAAAAUGACUCACUGUUUGCAAUGCCCCACACAUGAAUGAGAGCUUAGAAAGGUGAUGUAGCCAAGGGCAUAAUGUAACUAACUUUGGAGAUGACGUUAUUGUUAUGGUGCCAGGAGGGUCCCCCUCUUACCUCAAGAGGUUAAACUGUUCUCGAUUAAACCCCAAAGUUGCCUCGCGUUCUCCCUUCCCCCCCUUCAGAAAGCAUUGAGUGCAGCCCAGGAGGAGCGCUGACAUCCCAUUUACAAAACUGGCUUGGAAAAGGUACGUUUCUUUCCAAACCAGUUUUGUGAAUAGGGAGUCACUGAUUGGCUGAGAGCUUCAGCGGCGUCCAUGCCCAGCAGCACUUUGUGCUUCUUGAAAGAGCCAGAUACGGAGGUGAAAUCGCCACUGGUGGCAAGAUUGGAGUUAAACCCUUGACGUAAGUGUGUGAACACCUCUUAGUGAUAUGGAUCAAAUCAAGUGUUUGAUAAUUUUGUGUAUCUGCCCCUUUUCAAAUUGGUUGUGGUGCAUGCAUGCUUUCCAGAAGUAAUUUCACACCAGACACGUUUCCCGGUUGAUGAAAUACUCAGGAAUGCUUUAUUCUCUGGGCCGGCAUGCCCUUAUAAAGCAGAAAUACAUCAUAUGCAUAAUUAUAAUUAACAGAGAAAAAUACAUUAAUAAUUGGUUAGGUGUUACGUGAUGCAUUCAAUGUACAUCCCACUCGGUGUGAUAUUGCUUUUAUCAUGAAUGUCUCCCCCAGGUUCCAACACCAUCUUGUAACACGAGGUAGUCAGUCGAUGGAGGGGCUGACUCCCGGCGGCCAUUUUGAGUAGUCACUGAAUAAUACUGAUCAUGAUUACAUAGAGUAAAUAGGCAUUUUACUAAACUAUUAUUUUGUGCACAACAUUAGCACCAUAACAACUUAUUAUUAUUUAUACAACGCCAUCAGAUUCCGUGGCGCUGUACAAUGGGUGGACUAGCAUACAUGUAAUUGUAACCAGACGUACAGGAACAGAGGGGAAGAGGGCCCUGCUCCAUGAGCUUACAUUCUAGAGGGAGUGGGGUAUAGUGACACAGAGGGUAAAAGUAGGGGUACAAAGUAGGUUGUUAGAAAAGUAUUAAUUGAGGGCUUCGUAGAUCAUUUUUGACAGUUGCAGGGCUAGGUUGUUUUGGUGCCUGGAAAGUCCCUUCAACCUCAGACCUCUUGGUAUUCGUUUAACUUCCAAAUAUUUCUGCAAUGUCGCUCCUUCCGAUCAAAUUUUUAGUUUCUAUAAUUAAUUUUUCCAAGGUAAGAAAAUCAUUAUUCAUUUCAGAUGUAAUUUGAUGUAUGGUCUGCUGUAUCCUCUGAAAAUAGGCAUUCAGCUCUGGCUUUUUUUAGUUAAAUUGUCCACAAAUCUAAAGUGUGGUGAACCGGACCUCGUCACUGGUUCUUGGAGGGGCAUACUUGCCAACCUCUUGCCCUGUGACUAUGGCCCCUGUGUUAAAUCAUGGUUAAAACCACUAUUUGUGCCUUUUUGUACUUGUAUGGCCACAAUGCGAACUUUCAAAGCGGCACUCCCGAAGUCAUUUGAAGUGCCAUUCGACCACAAGGUGGCGGCCAUCUUGUUUGCAUGGACUAAAACCGCAAAUAGACUUCAGGGGGACUUAGCCGCGAAUGCCCUGGAACUAUUUCCAGCAUGAAAACCUCGUGGUUUCCGGUCGGUCCUCCAGCGGCACAUAGCCGCAAUUCUAUGGAACUAUUUUCGGCUAUGGGACCAUGCCUGUGGUCAGUAAAAAAUGACUUCCAUAAAAUUUCUGAGCCCCUUAACUGAUACAGGUGGUUUUUGGAUAUGUUGGUCACCCAGAUCAGGGCUAUCCGGGGAUAUGUGUUUUGGGGUACUUUUUAGAAAUGUUUCUUCUGCCUGCAGAUAUUUGAGUUGAUACAGUAAUUAACUCUAUUAUCUCCCAAGCAGAGGGGAGGGAUUGUAUGCCAUGCAUGGGAGUGCCUUAGAAUGUAACUCUAUUGUUAUUGGUUUACAAGUUUGUGUCCCUGUCCCCAACAAGGUCCAUUACCUCUUGCAUGGGGAUUGUCAUAAAAGGCCAGUGUGGCACCCCUAAAAUUUAAUUCCUGCUUAAUGUUCAACACGUAGCCUGGUCUCGUAAUUGUAGGGAACCUGCUUCACAGCUAUAUCACUAGCUUUUGUAAGAGAUUCACAACGUUAUUGGAUCCUUUGUCGGCUGGAAUAUCUACGGGAGAAUCCUGCAGCUCUGCUCCUUCUAAGGGAAGAGGACAUCCCUGGCGGAAUUGACCCCUUUAUAAUCAGGGUGUCUGUCACAUCAAGCAUCUGCCACUCUCACGUUUCAAUGAUGUGAGCACACUCCAACUCUGUAUAACCAGCUUUAAAUGCUUGUGACCGUUAAAUAUACAUUUACCUAUAUAUUGGGAGGUGGUGGAGUAUCUUGUUUGUUUUUUAAUUUUAUUACGUAAAAAUGGACACAGACGAGUUAGUGAGGGCGACUCUUGAACGUUACAGUGAGCAGGCUCCUCUCACAUACUGUUUUGUACCAAAGAUGCAUUACCCUCCCCCCCACACUUUUUUCCUUUCACUACCCACUCCCUCUCUUUGUUUGAACACCUUUGGGUGUAUUUGAUAACCAUAGGCAAUGAUGACCGCUAUCUAUCUCAAUAAAAUUAUUGACAUCCACUUGUUUAAAAUAAGUAUGAGUUUAAAAAAAAAAAAAAAUUUUUCAUUAAGAAUAUAGAUGUCAAGGUCUGGAAAAUUGAUAUUUGUUUUGCUAACAUUUUGGUUAAAUGUAUACCCCAUUCAUUAUGGUUCAAUUGAUUUAUAAAAAAAAUUUGCUAGAUCCUUUCCAUGUUAUAAAAAUAUCGUCUAUAUACCUUCUAUAGAAGACAAAGUUUGCACCAAAAUCAUGGCCCUGAUAAAUAAAAAAUUUUUCCAAAUAGGCCAUGAAAAGAUUUGGCUAACUUGUAGCAAGCUUGGUCCCCAUUGCGUUACCUCUAACUUAUACAUAAAAAUCACCUUCAAACUAAAAAUAAUUAUUGGUUAAAAUCAUUCUAAUACCAUCUAAAAUAAACAAAAUUUGUGUCUAAGAAUUUAUUAGAUUGUUUUAAAUAAAGUUCAACUGCUUCACAUCCUUCCUGAUGUUCUAUGAUUGUAUAGAGGCUUGUGACAUCACAUGUGAUUAAAAGAAAGUCAUCGUCCCAUUUUAAAAUCUUUCAAAGUAUUUAAAGACUCAUAGAAUCUUGCAAAUAAGACGGCCACUAAAGAUUUUAAAUGUGUAUCUAUAUACUGUGAUAGGGGGGAUAAAACAGGAUCAAUACCCGAUACAAUGGGACGUCCUGGAGGAUUAAUCGGGUCCUUAUGUAUUUUGGGUAGGAUAUAAAUAACUGGGAUUCUGGGGUGUUCUGAAGAUAAAAAACGAAAAUCCUCAAAAAAACUUAAUCUCCUACACAAACAAAAGUUUUAACCAAAGGUUUUAAAUUUUGUCCCAAGUUGCCCCAUAAAAAAUAUGAAGCUUAUAUUGAUAUUAAUAGUUUUAUGAGGAAGCUUUGUUUGCAAAUUUUUUUAGCAGAGGGGAUCUUUUAGAAUCUUAAAUAGCAUCCGCAAAUACAUUCUCAGAGAAUCAAACAUCAACUACAAGAUAUAAAUACCUAUAAAAGAAUGAAUAAAACAUAUGUACACAAUUUUUAGAACGAGGGUUAGCCAAUGAGAUACUAAAUAAGGGAGAACUUUCGUUUUUAUCUUUAGAUUGAUGGGAGUGUACAUACUAAUUAACACGUGUAGUUUAAACCUGUCUGUCUCAUAAUCAGCACUCCCAGGUUUUGUAAAAAAGAAAUAGUUCUUUACUCCAAAGGUUGACGUUUCAGCUCCGCUUGGAAGCUUUCAUCAGGACAGCAAACAUAAAACAAAUGAAACAAACUUAGUUUAAAUAAAAACAUCAAAAAAGAACUUACCAUUCAGGUGUGUAAGGGGCUGGCCUCUCCUCUCGAGCGUCAGGACAGGCACCACCGGGAUUCAGCGUCUCACUAAUUGCGCUGACGUCAUCAACACGUGACGUCGUUGCCAUGGAGAUCGUGACGCUGAUCGCGUCUAUCACUUAUCUUUCAGUGUACUUCCUGGACGCCAGCAUUCUCGGUAGUCAAGGAGAUGCUGGCGCAUGCGCAGAGUGCUUGUUCCCCCGGUCUGAGUGUCUGACCCGCGAUCAGGAAGCAGGAUUACCAGCAUUCAAGUAUACAUAUAUAUCAGAAAACAUUUUCUGGGGAAUGUCAGCAUACUCUCCUCCCUUCUACAACGUACAUGUUCAUAAUUAACACUUAAAUUGAAAAUACAAUAUAAUACUAAAAGUAAUAACUAUCACGGGUCCAAUCAGGACCCUAAAGUGCACCAUACAACAUAAUCCAUAUCUUAAUACUAGCUUAACACCUUAUUGUCAAGCUGAAAGUGACCAAUAUUCAGGCUCCCUGGAGUUUAUCCUGGUUCCUAACAUAAUGUGAUGAAUAUUGUGUAAUAGACUACUAUAAUAUAAGUGAGUAAAUGAGUAUUACAAGUGUUAUAGCUAUACCAGCCAUACCAAAACCCAUAAUACCCUAUUAUUAUAAGACUAAGAUAUCCAUAUGGAUACAGUUAUACUAGUGUAUCAAAAAGAUGAGAAACCUCCUAUAUGUGAAAUUGAUCUGUCUGAUCGAUAAGUGGUGCAAAAAUAUUUAAAGUGCCAAUGCAUACUAAUUUAAGUGCAAAACGGUGCAAAGGAUCACACAAUUCAUUAGUGAUACGUGCCCAGUGUUUCAAAAAUCUUCAACAUAAUAACCAAAAAGUGUAUAUGGUCCAAUGCACUCCCCCCUAUUUUUAAACUUCGAAAUAGGAAAAAGGGCAAGAGAAUAAGAGGAGAAAUGGACACCGUAGUUGUCCCAUUAUUUCCUUCCAUUUAAUCGGGAGGGAUUAUCACAAAUGUAUUUUCACAAUAACCUGAAUCUACAGUCCUAUUAAGAAAGAAAAAUAAAGCAUGAAUUAUUCUAAGCCUUAGAGGUUACAAGCAAAAAAAAUAAAAAUAAAAACAUUAAAAUAGGCCUGGCACUUUGGAUCAAAACAAUUAUAUACAACUAACUAUGAAUCUUCACAUAGCCAAUUCGAGCACUUUUUUUUUUAUUUGUGUGUGUGUGUGUGUGUACUUGUGCCUGUUAUGAGUAUACUGCACCUGAGGAAAACCUUAUAUAGGUUGUACUUGUAUUUAUCUUUUGGAUUUGAUAAAUUCUAUUUAAAUAAAGACUUGUAUACCUUUAUGGUUGAUUCCUGACUUCUGUGGCUGUUGAACAAGAUUGUGGCAAUUCAGAGGAGCUGUUACAUUUUUGUCUAUCCAGAUAUCCCUUUGUGUGGAUGAAAUGCUUUUACAGUUCAGAUCCAACUUCUAAAGGGCUCUGUAAAGUGUGAGUUCUCCAAUUAACCUCACCUUCUUUGCGCUACCUUUUAUACAGAUUACACUAUGUUGUUUUAUCUGUUUAUUUUAUACAGGAUUUACCUUGUUUAAAUUUUUUUUUUUUUUAGUCAGAGUAUUGGUUUAAGCCAACCAAUCAGAGUGCUCUGACAGGUAAAUGAAGAGACUGACGGGUAAGUCUCUAAAUUUACCUGUCACAUCACGCUGGUGGGCUCUGUCUUUAUACAUAGCGUGGGAAAGUUCUUUGGAAUUUUCCCUUGCUGUGUUUUUUGACUCAUUAUCUGGUUGUUUGAUAGCAACCAAUCAGUGUUAUGAGUUAAAUUACACAGCAUGGGAAAAUUAAAAUGACACAAAGCACUCUGGUUGGAUUUCAAGCCAACCAAUCAGAGUGCUGUCAGGUAAAUUUAGAGACUUAACUGUCCGUCUCUUCAUUUACCUGUCAGAGCACUCCGAUUGGUUGGCUUGAAAUCCAACCAGAGUGCUCUGUCCUUUUAAUUUACUAGACAUUAGGUUUUUCAGCUUUUGGUAAAUAGCUCCCUGAUACUGUGGGAAUUAAGGAGUUAUCUACUAAGCGGCUGCAAGAUGCACAAAUAAGAUCAUUUCAUAUCUUAUUUCAUAUGAAUGAAAUUCUGAUACAAAGUCCCAUAAUGCUUCCUAACCUAAAUGAACAAACUGUUCUCAUUCUGUUAGGACGAAAUUCGGUAGUCUAAGUGACAGGACGUUUGGGAAUACUGACAGGAAGCAUCGCAAGAUCACAGAUCAAAGGGGAGAAUUGUGGGGAAAUUGCUUUGAUCACCGGAAACAAAGCACACUUUGCUCCUCCGCUGGUCAGGCGUAUGAAACCUCCAUAAGACAAAGUAGUCCCUACUUUGCUCUAGUUUUCUUUAAAACAUAAGACAGACAGGAAGAAAUGAACAGAUCCUGACAGAGGGAGAGAAGAGGAAUCGAUUGGGGAAAGGGGAAGUUCAGCAUGACCGUGCCACUCUCAUUUUAAUUUUUAGCCUAACUAAUUUUCUCUUCCUCUCUACUCUGAGUUUUGUUACUUUUUUUUUUAAUUUUGUUUCUGCAGGUCCAAGAUCCAGAGAGUUGUGAUCACAUGUUUGACAGCCUAAGUAGGAUAAACAGCAACUUCUACAGAGAGAAGGUACUUGAAAGGAGGGCACUAUCUCGCUAAUUUUGUUUGACACAUUAUAUUCCACAUUUUAUUUUUUAUAAAUUAUUUAUUUAGUACCUUUUUUUGGUUUUACAGAAAAAGAAGCCACACAUCAUACGACAAUGCACAAGUUUUGUAAUAUGUUGCAAUACUACUGGUAGUUUGUUGUGGGUCAUUUUCUGAGUGUGGCAAACCUCGCCACUUCAGGAAACUAAGGACUUGGUGAAUACGUAUUUUGCUAUUGUCUUUUCUUUUGUCUGAAGUGAAAAGCAUUCGAAUGCUAGCGGCACGAAAACCAUGAGCAUUCCUAUAGUAGUUUCACGAACAAUAAUGGAAUCCACUGUUUGGGAAACUAACAAAACUACUGAAUGGGAGACCACACAAGGGAGGCGUGUGUCUCCCAUUAACGAAAUAGCCACAUUGUAACUGCAGAUAAUUAAUGGUUUUGCGGGUGGCCGCCGUUCAUGUAACCAAACACGUGGCGGCGACCGUCUUUGCUCAUGAAAGCCCAGCGGUGAUUGGUUGUUGAGUGCCUGAAACUAAAAUCUGCUACUCGACUGCACGAACACCGCUGGACUUCCAUGUCUUUUUUGUUUAAAUUGUUCAUUCGGUUAAAUUGUUCAGUCGUGCAAAUAAGACAACGUUCGACAAACUCUAAAACUCACGAAUGCUUCUGUUUCACCAACCCAUUUUCCACUGUAUAUUGUAAUGUGUGUUCGUAUGAAUGAACCCUUCAUUUCAAUGGCUUUGCUAUUCUAGUGAAUGGAUCUGCGUGGUAUUUUGCCAGAUGCUGCGCUCAGAUCCCAGCCAUUCAAUGAGGGGUCAUUCGGCUAAUUCUGAGUAAAAUUACAUGACUUAUAGAAUUUAAUGUUAAAUGGUGUAUUUUGCUGUACAGAGAGAUAAUGCAAUUAACACUGUAUCAGUGCGUCAUCAUCUCUCCAGUACAGUACUGUAUGAUGGGAUAUAGUCUGAAAAGUUAAGUUUCCCACAAAGUCCACUCGAGUAAAACCCCUGCAAUGUCAGUAAGGAAACCGCUUGCAUGGGGACUUGUAUAAAUAUAGUGACCUUGGAAUAAGAGCUCAGUUGAUUCCCAAACUAUGUGUCGUCUAGAUCUUGGGAAUAAGGGAUUAUUACUACGCUACCUGUAUUUUGUAUGCUGUAUCCUGACUACUGGCGGAGAUAUUGUGGAUUAACCUACAACCCCGCUACAAUUGGUGGCAAGCGACUGGAUUUAAACCUCACAGAAGAGCAGCGUUCGGGAGUUAUUUAUACGAACGAGGAAGAGAAAAGCAGCGGUUCGGUAAAACAACCAUUCGGAUAAAACCGGAAUUCAGGAAUAUGUGAAACUAUACGAACGGACAGUGAAUGGAGACGAACUAUGCAACAUUGAAGCGAACCACAUUAAAGGAACUAUUGGAGGGAAGGGGAAAAAUAGCCAGCAACAAGACGUAAGCUGCCCUUAUUGCCGAACUCAUGGAGGGAGACAGAGCAACUCAUGCAGCACCUCCACUGGAGACAGCGGAAACGGAAUUCAAAAAAGAGCUCAGGAGCAGGUUGGCAUUUUAUCCAGAAACACCAACCACAGAAACCGUGGACUGAUGGCAGAUGUGCACGAAUACCUCAUGGCCAGGCGACCAGCAGUCCAGGGAAGGGUCCCCAGCUCCAUCCAGCAUUCUCCAGGGGAAAGCCCCCACCCCACCAAGCAUUUAAGACUUACACCGAAGCAGAGGGCGAUAUCGACGAAUACCUGCAGGACUUAGAAAGGUUGUGCCAGCUGCAUGACAUCAGACCAGGUACCCCUGCUUGCCGGCAGAUUAUCUGGCCGCGCAGCAGAAGCUUACCGUGCAGACCCAGACGAGGACAGCAGGGACUAUCCGGAGGUCAAGCAAGCCAUCUUAGCUCGUUAUGCCAUCACCUCAGAGGCAUACAUACUCAAAUUCCGAGAUCUUAAAAAAAAAAAACAGAAGAAAGACUCUCACACGGAAUGGGCUCACCGAUUUAUAGCGAGCCGCCAAGGGAUGGGUGGAAGCAACACAAGCCACCACCCUAGAAGAUCUGUUUCAGUUAAUCGCAUUGGAACAGUUCUUCAACGGGCUGACGACAGGCCUGCAGAAUUUGGUACGAGACCGUAAACCCUGUACUCUAAAAGAGGCAGCCAAACUGGCUGGCGAAUUCCAGGACACCAGGAGAUACCAACGAUAACAGCACCGAUCCGCAUACGGGUCUGCAGCGUGUCUCCCAGCAGUUACUACUUCGGUACACCCAUGACCAGGGGUAAGCAAUAUGCAGGACCCUCCGAGGUACAAUACGCAGAUUCGCUGCCACACCUGCAACCAGCAGGAGCAUAUCUAAAAGGACUGCCCACAGAACAAUAACUGGCAUAACCAAGGCCCACCCCCCAGUGGCAGAGCUGCGGUACAUUGUUACCAGAGGGAAUCUUCUGUCCCGCACACUACAGCAACACCGGUAGUAGAGCCACUGGGGGCCCUACACGAGGUCAACCCCAUACAAGCUGCCUCGGAUAACAACCAGGGGCACCGCCAGGUGGUACACAUGGAGGGGAAGAGUGUACAGGGGUUACGUGACUCUGGGGCCACCUUGACUUUGGUCCGGAAUCCUCUUGUUCCAAAGGACAAUAUCACCGGAGACUGUGUGGCCAAACGAGUGGCAGGGUACAUCUGGAUUGGGGAGCGGGGCAUGGGACUGUGGAGGUGGGGAUCAUGCAGGAUUUGCCAGCUGAUGUUAUUUUGGGCAACGACUUGUGGGAGCUCACUUCCGCUUUUGUCCCUCAACCCACCGUCCAGGAAGCCUACCCUGUUACUAGCCGGCAGCAGGCCCGCACCACGGCUCCAUCUGAUCACUCUGAGGCUCAGGUAAGCAAUCUGCCCCACAACCCUGCUGUUCUUCCCUGGGAUGCACCCUUCGAAUUUGGCAGCGAGGUAGCCCUAGAUCCCUCCCUGCAGGUCUAUAAGGAUAGACUAGACAAGGACCAAGACUGUCUGGAGGGAGAGAGAUAUGCCUGGGACAAAGGUUUACCAUACCGCUACGCAGAGAAAGUAAUAGCCGGGUCCAUCCCCAUGUCCACUAAACAGUUAAUACCCUGCAAAUAUAGACUGGACUUGCUGCGCAUCGCAAAUGAUAUACCGUUAUCAGGGCAUUUAGGGAUCUGCCGAACUAAACAUCGGCCGAACUAAACAUCGGCUGACACAGAACUUCUUCUGGCCAGGUAUCUCAUUUGACAAUAUUGUCAAACCUGCAAUACCUGCCAGAGAGUAGGAAAGCGAGGGGACCGCUAUAAAGCAAAACUGUUCCCUACCCAUAAUUGAAGAGCCCAUUAGUAGGGUGGCCGUUGAUUUAAUAGGCCCCCUAGCUAAGCCUAGUCCCUCCGGCAAGCAGUACAUCUUGACCGCAGUGGACUACACCACUAGCUAUCCAGAGGCGGUGGCGCUGACCAAUGUACAUGCAGAGACCAUAGCGGAUGCCCUAAUGCAAAUCUUCUCCCGCAUGGUAUUUCCCAAGGAGAUUAUUUUGGAUAGGGGCACCCAGUUUACUGCAGAGGUCACCCACCAACCCUGGAAGGUAUGUCGGAUAAAAUCUAUCCUAAACUCCGCUUACCACCCCCAGUCCAACAGUCUCUAUGAGCAAUUUAAUGGGACACUUAAACAGAUGAUCAUACGUUCAUAUACACUCAAUCGGACUGGGAACGGUUUUUACCCCACUUACUAUUUGCUUAUAGGGAGGUUCCCCAAGAGUCCACCGGGUUCUCCCCUUUUGAAUUAUUGUUCGGGAGGAGGGUGAGGGGUCCCUUGUGUCUCAUUAACCCCUUAAGGACUGGACUGUUUUUGCGAUGUUGUACAUUUGCGACCAGGCAUAUUUUUACACUUUUGUGGUGUUUGUGUUUGGCUGGAAUUUUCCGCUCUCUCAUUUACUGUUCCCAUACAAAUUAUAUAUUGUUUUUCAGGACAAAAGGGGCUUUCUUUACAUACCAUUAUUUAUAUAAUCUCAUGUAUUUUAAUUUUAAAAAAAUAAAAAAAAUAUGAUGAAAAAUUGAAAAAAAAUACAUGUUUUUUGACUUUUACUUGAAAAAUCUUUUACUCAUCUACAAAAGCGAAUGAAAAAAACUGCUAAAUAGAUUCAAAAUUUUGUCCUGAGUUUAAAAAUACCUAGUGUUUACGUGCUUUUUUGCUUUUUUUGCAUGUUAUAGGGCUAUAGGUACAAGUAGGAUAUUGUGGUUUCAAAACAUACAUUUUUAAAAUUUAUCAAUAGUGACAUUGUAACACUAUUAUCUGUCAUAAAUCUCUGAAUAACACCCCACAUGUACAUGUUUUUUUUAAAGUAGACAACCCAGGGUAUUCAAUAUGGGGUAUGUCCAGUCUUUUUUAGUAGCCACUUAGUCGAAAACACUGGCCAAAGUAAGCAUUCAUAUUUGUUUGUGUGUGAAAAAGUAAAAAAACUAAAUUGAACGCUAAUUUUGGCCAGUGUUUGUGACCAAGUGGUUACUAAAAAAGACUGGACAUACCCCAUUUGCAAUACCUUGGGUUGUCUUCUUUUGCAAAUGGUAUGCCAUCAUGGGGGUAAUUCUCAUUCCUGGGCUACCAUACGCUCUCAAAGGCAACGUAACUAACCUGGCCAUUUUCAAUGUAAAAAUAUUUGACCCAUAUAUUUGACCUUGUAACUUUCAAAAAUGCUAUAAAACCUGUACAUGGGGGUACUGUUUUACUCGGGAGACAUCGCUGAACACAGAUAUUAGUGUUUAAAAACUGGAAAACGUAUCACAACAAUUAUAUCAUCAGUAAAAGUGUUGUUUGUGUGUGAAAAUGCAAAAAAAGUCACUUUCACUGACAAUAUCAUCGCUGUGAUAUGUUUUACUGUUUUGAAUCACUAAUAUUUGUGUUCAGCGAAGUCUCCCGAGUAAAACAGUACCCCCCAUGUACAGGUUUUAGGGUGUCGUAGAAUGUUACAGGGUAAAAUACAAUGCUAGCAAAUUAAAUUCUCUGGAAUUUUGGCCUGGGUUGGCAGGCAGGUCCCUCAAAUUGCAAUCAAUAAAAUUACUGAAUUAUGUAAAAAUAUUACAUAAAUACGCACGUAGAAUUUAAAUAUAUAUGCAUAUUUAUAUAUUUGAAGUCUACGUAUAUAUUUAUAUAAUUAUUUAUGUAAUUUUGUAUAUGGACGUAUGUAUAUUUCUUAUUAUUUUUAUUUAUUUUUAUAUACAUAGAUAUAUAUACAAAUUCAUUCUAAGUGUAUUUUGAUAUAAACAUAUAUAUAUUAAUUUUAAAAUACAGUUAGAAUAAAAUUUCAUAUAGCUAUAUAAUUUUUUUUAAAUUUUUUAUUAUUAUUUAAAAAAAAUGUAUUUAAUUUAAAUUACUUAUUAUUUAUAUUUUAUAAUAAUAUAUAUAUACAAUAUAUAUAGUUAUUAUAUAUAUUAUAUAUAUACGUGUGUAAUUUAAUUAUAAGUGUAUUUUAUAUUAAUAUAAGUACAUAUUAAUAUAAAAAUACACUUAGUAUGACAUUAUAUAUAUAUGAUAUAUAGACAUAUUAUAUAGAUAUAAUAUAUGUCUAUAUAUCAUAUAUACACAUAUAUAAUUAUUUAUUUAUUUUUUAUUAACAUUAACUUUAUUUUUUUAAUUGAUUUUACAUUAGCAGGGAGACUGCCUGUCAGCACAGGCAGUCCCCCUGCAGGCAGACACAUGGACACCUAUUGUGACCAUGUGAUCGCUGUGUUAAGCGAUCACAUGGCCACAGGGGUCCUAAAUCAGUGUGGGGAGACUGUCUGGGCUGCAGGCAGUCUCCCCACAACCGGAGCACCGCUGAUCGCCGCCGGGGGAACGACGGCGAUCAGGUAAGUAACGGAAACCGUUAGGACGGUUCAGGACCGUCAUCGGUCCGCAAUGGGAAAAUCCCGAUGACGGUCCUGAACCGUCCUGGGUCGGGAAGGGGUUAAGGAACACGUGCUAGAGUUUAGGGAGCUCUUGGAGGCUUUGACUCAGUCGGUGCGUACCAACCUCCAGGCGGCCCAACAACGACAGCGCAGAUGGUAUGAUAGGGGGGCCAGGGACCUCAGCUUUCAGAUAGGGCAGAAGGUGUUAAUUCUAUGGCCGGUCCACAGUGACAAGCUGCCGUCCUCCUGGCAGGGCUCAUACAAGGUGGUAGAACAAAUCUGUGAUGCCACCUAUGUGAUCGGUCCGUGCGCAGGAGCAGGGGGCAGACGCAUGCUCCAUGUGAAUAUGCUGAAGCCCUACUAUGAGCGCAUAGAAGAGGUAGCAGCUAUUUGCGCCUCUGCCGCAGAGGACUUUGAUACCUUACCUCUCCCAGACCUCCUAGAGAAGGAGAGCCAGAAUGAGGGCCUGGAAGAGGUACAGUUAGGUGAGCGCUUGAACCCCCAGGAACGGGCACAGGCUCAAAGUUUAAUUAGGGAAAAAGGGGCCACCUUCUCCAAUCUCCCCGGGUAUACCCCUCUAGUGACCCACAGAAUAGAGACCCUAGGGCAGGCCCCCCUUCGCCAACCUCCUUACCGCAUACCUGAAUCCAUAAAGGAGAAUAUGCGCAAGGAGAUUGAGGAGAUGCUGCAGUUAGGAGUCAUCGAGCACUCUGAUAGCCUUUGGGACUCCCCAGUAGUUCUGGUGCCGAAGCGGGAUGGAACUACCCGCUUCUGUAUAGACUACCGAAUGCUCAAUGAUAAAACAGUAUCCAAUGCCUAUCCUAUGCCACGAAUAGACGAGCUCCUAGACAAAAUGGCCAGUACCUCACUACAAUAGAUCUUUGUAAAGGGUAUUGACAAAUUCCCCUAGCCGAGGACGCCAUUCCUAAGUCGGCGUUUGUCACCCUGUUUGGCCUGUACCAGUUUAAGGUCAUGCCAUUCAGGAUGAAAAAUGCUCCGGCUGCAUUUCAGAGGAUGGUGGAUCGGCUAUUGGAUGGGUUCCAGGAGUACGCUUGUGCCUUCUUAGACGAUAUAGCCAUUUUCAGCCACUCCUGGACCGAAUAUUUGACCCACAUAGGAGCCGUACUAGACCGUAUUCAGGAGGCAGGGUUAACCCUUAAGCCCAGUAAGUGCCAUAUAGGAAUGGCGGAGGUCCAAUACGUGGGACACAGAGUAGGAAGCGGCCAACAAAAACCUAGACCCGCCAAGAUAGAGGCAGUAGCCAAAUGGCCAACUGGGUUCUCACGUACUAAAACCCAAGUCCUAGCCUUCCUAGGUACCGCAGUGUACUACUGUAAAUUUGUGCUCGAUUACAGCACCCUGGCCAAACCACUCACUGAUCUAACCCAGCAAAAAUCUCCCUAAAAUAGUAGUCUGGGCCCCAGAGUGUGAACAGGCAUUCCAACAACUGAAAGAGUGUGCUUUUGAAAUUCCAGGGCCAGUUGGUAUACAUUUAAGGGUAUUUACUAAGGGAACUUGCUAUAGUAAUAGAAACAGUACUGUUCUUCCAGGAUUCUUGUUUUACAUGAAUUGGACCUGAAUAGCCUGUUAUGAGAGAUAUUGUUGUACAAUUUUUGCCUCCUGUAGAACCUGAUUUUUGUCUCCUGUAGGAUCCACAUUUUUGGCAAAAUGUGGCAGUGGAUCGUGCUUCCAAAUCCUGCCAUUUUUUGAGAUGGCUGAUAGAGCCAUGCAUCUUUGCUUGCAAUUUGCAAUAUGUGCCAUCUGUAAUGUCUUAUUAUGCACCCACAAGAAUAUAAAUGUAAGGUCCCACAGUCUUGUGUGGGAUCUGCCCUAGAUCCCAGUGUUGUACUCUGACACCUGGAAGAUUAAGGGUCAUAGCUGAAGAGGAAUGGGUGUGUGGAAACUGUCUUUGUCACUGCUCCCUCUUCUGGGUAGCACGGUACAAGUGGACAUAGGACAACAAAUGCAAAGACUUCACAAGUAACAGUGCCACUUUAAGUGCAUUCUGUAUAGAAGUAUAGAUAAGUGUUUCUAAAUAUGUGAUAUACUAAUGUGUUUGAUGCGGUUCCAAACAAAAAGGUUACUGUGAGCAAAAAAUGUGUUUAUAUUAGGUGAAAAUUCUCGAUCUUAGAUUGAAAAUUGGCUUAAAGAUAAAGUACAAUAAGUAGUUAAUGGAACAUUUUCAGGUUGGAGCAUCUGUGGGCUUUUUUUUUUCAGGAUACACUUCUCUUUAAUGUGAAUAUAAAAAAUUUCAAAGUGCAUUGAAAAUCAUGUUUGCAGAUGACACAGAGCAACAUAAUGUAAUACAGAACAUCUUUGUCUUACUGUAAAUAACCUAUUCCUCUGUAUUUUAAAUGUCUUUUGUCCUCCCUCCCCCCACAGGUUACAGGAGUACUGUCAAUGUACAUCACUCUUUUUAAACUAUUUUGACAAGAUAUGCAUGUCUGUGAUAUAGUUGCUUCUGUAGCUCAUUUCUUACCGUUCGAUUUAUUCUUUUCUGAUGUACAUAAUUUAUAGUACAAAGCUAUAUUCAAAGUGAAUAGAGGUGAUUUGAGGAUUUUAUAUAUAUAUAUAUAUAUAUAUAUAUAUAUAUAUAUAAUUUCAAUAAGAUAUGCACAAUUUAAACUAGAAGGGCAACAGAGAUGCAUUUUUUCUGAGCUGACCUUAACACUCUAGUACUCAAAUACCAGUCAAAAGAUUUAGAACACCUCUAUUUGUCCAGUUUAAUUGAAAUUUGCACCGUUUACUGGAAAUCCAUCUCCAUCGGGCAGCCCUAACAGCAUGGACCUCUUGAACGGCAAACCGCCGGGGGCCACAAAACAUGGCGGCUCGUACCCUGUUGCAGGGGUCCGCAGGGCGGCCAGGCCCCCUGGAGUGACAGGCCCGGUUGCAGCUGCGACCGCGGUAUGUACGCCACUGCACACAGAUACAUUGUAUCUUUAUGUCUUUAUCUGCAUGUGUGCCAGUGUCUGGAUCGGUGUGUCUGUGUGUCAGUCUGUAUGUGUGUGUCUGCAUGUGUAUCAGGAUAUGUAUCUUUGUGUCAGGGUAUAUAUCUGUGUACCUGUAUGUGUGUGCAUCUGUGUGUCUGUAUAUCUGCAUGUGUGUCAGUGUUUUGUGUUUGUAUCUGUAUUUUUUUUUUUGUCCGUGUUUGUAUCUGUAUGUUUGUGUAUCAUUGUGUCUGUAUGUCAGUGUGUGUAUCUGCAUGUGUGUCAGUGUUUGCAUCUGUGUGUCUGUGUUUGUUUAUGUAUAUCAGCAUGUGUGUGUCUGGGGCAGAGGGAGCCUGGGGUAGAGGAGAAGCAGGUAGAGCCUAGGGCAGAGAAAAAAGGCAUAUAGGACAGAGAAAAACGUAUAAAUUUGACAAAUGCAGCUAUAUUAAUUACAAACAUUUUGUUAAUGGGAGGUAUUCAAUUUAUGGGAAUGGGAUGCCAAGAGGUACUCAAGUGAAAACAGUUUGGGAACCACUGUCCUAAAGAAUCAUUGGUUUUAGAGCUUUUCUAUGAGGAGAUGCCUGCAAUAGCUGUGCAACUGCCCUAUUUUCCAAUGAGAAGCACUUGGUUUGCCUGGGCAGAGCAGAUUUGUUGCAAGAAGGCAGUCCCUUCCAUAGGUUUGGAUAUAAAUAAGAUCUUUUUUGAAGACCCCAUCUAAAAUUGAAAAAAAACAUGCUGUGUUCCUUUAACAUGUUACCCUCACAGCACGUCAUGCAGUUGUAGGGAACUGCUACAUAUGUAGUGACGUUUGCCUCUAGAUGAGCAUUGCACAUUCACUACUGGAGAUACAUGCACGUAGCAGCAAUGUUAGAUGUCAUGUUGAAUUUGUUUGACUUGGGUGUGCUUUUGCAUAUCUGUCUCAGCUUAAUAAAUGCUAUAGAUUUUCUACUAGAUUUUCAUUUUAUUUGCAUUGUAUAUAUUUUUGUCUCAUGUAGGAUCCGAUGUAUAUGGGUUUUUCUGCUUUUUGUACAUUCUUAAUCUUAUAGUCAGUUUUGUGGUGUUUACAUUAUGAGUGUAAUUAUAGGAAGGAAUAAUUUGUCCGUGGUUGAUACCAUCUUAUAUAUUUCUGUUUUUCUAUACACUUUUAUGAUUGAGACUGAGCAUUCAUCUCCUAGCCUUCCACCUCCUAACAAAUAAUGCUUACUCUCAACAUCUUUGCUAUUUCUAUACUAACAGAAAUCAUUAUACCCUGAAUUAACCUUUGCCUCCAUUAUUCCGCUAAAUCAAUAAAGACAUUUAGCCAACCUGUGUAUACACAAUAACAUGUACUGUGUAGGAUUGCACUUUUGAUAGCUCAUUGUUUCACAUUUAGUUUCAAGAUUACAGUAAAUUACCCAUGAUAAAUGCAACACUAAAUCAGUAAUUCCAAAAUAUGAGCAACAAACCUGCAACUUUUUCACACCAAUAGCCACCAGAUGGAGCUUUCAUGUUGUUUAAAGGCCUCCAUGCCUCUAUAUAUUCCUUUUUCAACAUAUUGCAUUGUAACAAGAGCUGCUAUAUUAAUAACAUCCAGUUUUCAACUUUUCUCUAAGUACCCACGGAUUCAAGAUACAAGCUUUACAGAGGUCACAGCCGAGGAAUAUCGUAUGGUGCUGGCCACAGGUAAGACUGUUUAGGAAUGUGUGUAUGCAUGUAUUUAAAUAUUUUGUAUUUGUAUCUUAUAGUUAAAGUAGCUAAAAGAUAAAAUCUUUUUUUGAAAUACUCACAUUGGAAUUUGACUAAAAGCUUGUCACAAGACUAAAUAGGGACUACUUUGUCUUAUGUACUUUUCUUUGCCGUUUUGUCAGUUCCCCCAGCUGUCACUAAUUACUGGUGUGGCUUUAAGGCAUUGUCUCGCUAAUGCAAGAUAAAAACUAUGGUUGGUCUUGCGGGAUCCUCCCUAGAUAUCAGUGUUUUACUCAUGCAUUCACGAGAAUACAGCAUUGACAUGAGCUCCUGGCACAUGAAGCGCCAGGAGCUGAAGAAAUCCGCUAGAUGGAGAUGGUGUCACCCGCAAAGGAGCAACUUCAGGUACCCAUAUCUCCACUGCUUGCUGGUCACUGCACACCUAGCUGCGAUGCCACCAAAAUAUGUCUAGAACUUGACAGAGCUUUUUUAAAAUAUUUUAUCAUACAUUAGUUGGUUAAUCUUGAUGCAGUUUUUUUAAGUUUGAAUUGUAAUGAUAAUUUGGGCAUUUCUUUUAUAUUGUUAUAGGAGUGGCACUUUCAUAAAUAAAGAUGCUUAACCCCUUAAGGACACAUGCCUUGUCAUGAUUCACUUUUAUUCCAGAAGUUUGGUCCUUAAGGGGUUAAAGGGAUACUGUUGGCACCCCGACCACUUCAGCUCAUUGGAUUAGUCUGGGUGCUGUCCCUUUUGCACCUAGUGCUGCAAUGUAAACAAUGCAGUUCCAGACAACUGCAAUGUUUACAUUGCAGAACUGAGUCUGCCCUCAUUGGCUGUCUACCAGACAGCCACUGGGGGCGCUUCCGGAAUCGUAACUGACUUUUGGUUCAUUAUCUGACGCUGGACGUCCUCACGCACUGCAUGAGGACCUCCAGCAUCAGAUUUUUCCACAUAAAUUGAUUCAAUGCUUUCCUAUGGGAGGCCUAAUGUGCUCAUCGUGGGACGGAGGAGAAUGUGGAGCUACGACCCAGAAAAGUUUUUAACCCUUUAUUUACCGGGGGAGUAGGGGGUGGGGGGGGGGACUGCGAAGGAGGGGAGAGGCUGAUGGAUCGGUAGUGCACUACACAAUCCCUUUAAAGAAACACUCCAGACACACAGCUUGUUGAAAUGCUUUGUGUUUGGAGUCUUUCAUAUUUGUGACCAUCUAUAAAUGUUCAGAUUUCAAUAGCAAUUGGCACUUUUAUAAUUAGGGACAUUAGGUUUUAUUUUGUAUCUGUAAGCUCAAGAGGGCUAACAGAAGUCGCAGACACACUGGGCUAAUGCCAGGCUGCUAGGAGCAGCAUUAUAGCUCAUUGAGAAGCAUAAAAAUCAUGAACACAGAGGCUUCUCAUUGAGAAAGAGGGAGGACUUGCAGGUCUGUGGGUUUGCAGAGCAGCAGGUCUGUAGCUUUUUCAAGCUUCUUUUCUAUAUCCCCAAAGAAAAUGUGCAUAACAAACACGUACAUGUUUUCUUUGGAGGUAUAUCUAUGAAAUUGUUAAAAAAAAGAAAAUAAAAAAAAUAAUUUUUUUUUUUUAAUGGAGUGUUCCUUUAAUCCUGAUCCUAAAUAUUUACAAUACUACAUUUAACAAAAGUGUUUGAUACACAUCACAUGUAUAAACAACAUGAAAUAAUAACAUUUUGGAUGCCAAAUAGAACGUUUUUAUUAAAGGGUCUCUCUAAGCAUGUAUAACAAUUUUAAUUGCAUAGGUUAUGGUGCAGACUGCCCUGUCACUGGAUUGAUUUGUAAAAAUAACAGGUAUUAGACUGCUCCUGGUCAUCCAAAGCCUAUCCAGCUUGUGUCUGUGCAAUUCUCUCCCCUCCUUACGGUCAGUAUAUUGAAAUAUCACUGAACUGUGAACAGAGCUUAUGGAUAGGCUAAUAGCAGCUCUGAUAUGCCUACGACCAGUUUACCAAUCAUUUCCACUCAUUAUUUUGAAGAAAAUUGUGAUUGAGUCAAAGCUAAAUACCCUCUUGACAGGGUUUUUGAGAUGAUAAAAAAAACCUGGAGAAUGCUUGGCGAGCACACAACCAACAACUCAUAUAACUGAACACACCGAAUGUUCUCAGUAUUUAAAAAAAUAUGCAUGAACAUUGAACCCCCCAAAAAAGGUGAUCUUUGUGCUAUCGCCAACUGUUACAUAACCACGACAAAGUAAAGGACACAUAUAAACUGGCAUGGCACAAACCAUCUAGAACCACAAAGGAAAAUACAAUACCGUUGGUACAUAGUACUGGAUAAAAUACACAAAAUAUGGCCCCAAUCAUCAACCAACAAAUGCUGGAGGUGUGACACAGGUGGGGACAAUGGUACACACAUGGUGGGCGUGCAAAGCUUUGCAACCCUUCUGGCACAAGAUCCACAGACUAAUAGAGCAAGUAACCAAUACUAACAUAGAUCUUAAGGUGGAAACAUGUCUCCUAUUUAUACCACCAGAGGAGAUGAAUAAAGUCCAAUGGGCAGCCACCUAUCACAUUCUAAUCUCAGUAGCUACAGUGAGCUCUAGAUAGUGGAAAACACCUACUGCACCACACUUUAACAAAUCAAUACUAACUGGAUGUAUGAGACUAUGUUCUCGAGCCAAAUAGGUGCAAGGAAAACCAAAACUAAACCUAAUUUGAUGUGGAAAGCAUACUGGUCAAACCUAAAAUUGAGCAACAAUAGCAAUACCCCAUAGUCCCCUACAACAAGUAAUGAAAUUAAAGUAAGCAGAGUGCCAACUCAGCGAUAUACCACCAUACAAUCUUGAGUACAUGCGAGCAAUAGACUGAGGCCAAAGCCUCAUACAAUAGCACAGGAAACUACAAAACUUAAGAUGCCACGAACACCACGAGAUCCUAAGCAAAUACUGUAUUAAUAAAGGCAGGAGGAAUGGGUGUUAAAGCAUAUAUGACACUGGACGAAGUGGUUGCCUAUACGUUAAAUUACGUUAUGCCACACUUAAAUACAGUAGGAUGUGCUAAUCUACGCAAAGACCAUGAUGUAUCUGCAUGUUAUUUAAUCUUUGGACUGUGCAUUACCGUUGUUAAUAAAUUGUCAAAUGGAAAAAUUAAUAUACAAAGACCUAUCGAAUGUUGACAAAGCAAUGUAAGAUUUGAGAUUCUCCCUAUCCCUCCUUUUUCAUCUGUACCCCAUAUACUUUACAAAACAAUAAAAAUUGUCAAAUCGAAAGAAAAAAAAACAUGGAGACCAAAAUUAUAGGCUCUUAAUUGGUUAAGCAUCUUCCUUGUAUGAGAGCAGUCUGUUUGCUGGAGUUUUAGAAAAUGUUUAAUUUUAUUAAUAGGAUAUCUGUAGAGUGCAUUAAAAAUAGACUGUCACUUUCAACCUUAUGUCCAGUGACCUUUUAAUACAUUAUGCAUUCAUCAGUUACUCAUCUGGGCUCCAAAAAUGCCUGCUAGGUUUUGGGGUUUUUGUUUUUUACAUUACAUCAAGUAUAGCUUGCUGAGGUCUCUGUGUUAUUUGAUAGUAGGGCACCAAAUUCCUCCGCUAGCAUUUUACUCCUCUCUAUACAGUACAGAGAGCUGAGCACAAUAAAACAAGCUGGACACAGCAUUAGGAUAUCUAUAAAAUACAUAGAGCUGAGUACAAUACAGAGAUAACCAUACCACAAGCAGAACUGAAAAAGAUAGCUAUAUAAUACGCAGAGUUAGGCACAACACAAUGAUACCUAUACAAUACACAGCCUACAUAGAUAACCAUACAACAGGUAGAGCUGUAUAAAAUACAGAGAAAUAACACACAGAGCUGGCACAGUAAGGUGAUAACAUAACUAUCCCACACAGCCUGGGUCACUGUGAUGGAUUACAUAGAGCUGCAAUACACAGAUUCCCACACAGUGCAUGUCUUUGUAUAAUGCUUUAGCUCUCUCUCUUCCGGUUUUCCUAGCCACCUCUCAGCUCUCCCAUGCAUGAUCUCAUCUUCAGUAGUGCUUUAAUAACUUUUGCUUUCUAUUAAAUAUUGCUACUAAUAUGAAAAAAUAGUAAAGCUACUCCAUAAGCUUUCAACACACAUUCUGCAUAUGGUUAAAGCAGCAGGGUACUGAUAGACUCCAACCAUGUCAGCUACUCCUGACUCAUUGUUGGCAACCAUAUCUGCUACUCCAGACUCCCUAUUAGCACUCAACACACAGUGUGCAAGGAUUAAAACAAUAGAACACUGAUAGACUACUUUUUACGUUUGCAGUUGGUAAUGAGGAGGCAAGAAGUAGCUGACAUGGUUACCAGAAUCAACAAUUAUGGCAGAUUUAAAUCCGAAUCAGAUCAAUUCUCAAAGUCACAGACAGUCCUGCAGUUUAAUGCUUUACACCUUUUUAACUAGCCACAGCAUGAUUGCCUCAGGUCUCAGCUGUACAGUGACUGAGCACUUUAAAUAAGAUUAAGGAUAUGUGCAAUAUGAGUCAUUAAAACUAUUAGUGACUGGCAGCAUAGUGCUCUGUUUCAAAAAUGUUCCUCUCCUCUUGUCACCACUGGGCUUCCCUGUGUGUGUGUGUGUGUGCAAUAUAUAUAUUACACACACACAAUACUAGGAGAUGGGGUUACAGUGCCAACAAGAGAGAUGAGGAAGAAGCGUUCUUGGAAGUAACACGGAAAGAGCAGAGCAGCAGCCCCUGCCAAGUGUAUAAUAUCAUUUUAUUUUAUUUUUUUUCUUAUCCGAUAGCCCUAGUGACUGCCAAAGGGCUAAUUAAGCAAGUGAAUUUACAUACAUAUAUAUAGCAGUCACUAGGGCUAUCGGAUAAGAAAAAAAAAAAGAUAUUAUACACUUGGCAGGGGCUGCUACUCUGCUCUUUCCGUGUUACUUCCAAGAACGCUUCUUCCUCAUCUCUCUUGUUGGCACUGUAACCCCAUCUCCUAGUAUUAUCAGCCAAUGAUGGACCCUGAAUAGAGAGGAAAAUAGCAUGUCUCCACUCCUAGGCUCAGCCGCCCUAAUUGGAACUCAGUGGAAAUUCCUUCUUAAAGGACACUAGGCAUGUGCAAAACCUGCUGACACAGGGAAGAUUCCAACAAACCCCAUUUUUGGACAUGCCUAGCUAAACUCAAGUAAGUGUUUCCAAUGAGUUGGGAUCGGCCCUGCAGAACUGAAACCUAUUACAGAAUUAAAUAGACUUUUAAUUUUUUUCCCUUUUUUUCCCUUUUUUUUUUUAUUUGGCUUACCACCCUCCACUCCAAAAAAGUAUCCUAGUGUAUUUAAACUACUGCAAAUAAAUGUUUUCCCGACAUAAAACUUGUUGGGGUACUGUAUGAGCCUCCACUGAUGCUGACAUUAUCCAAGCUCUAAAAAAAAGAUACACUGUCUCCUAUACCUAUUAUUAUUAUUAUUAUUAUUAUUAUGUUUUACUCAUUUAUUUGUGUAGUUUUGUAGAAAGUUUGCGAAUGAGCUUUUAUAAAUAAUGGUAAAUAACAUUCUUUUUUCUGAUGACAGACAGUCUAAAACAGAUGGAAGAGAUGAAAAAGGGAAUGUGGACAAGACUCAAAGAAAAAUUUAAUGCUAAAUCCCCUCAGGAUGGAGCAAAGGACUAAUGCUAUUGUUAAGAGAACAAUCCGCUUCCACUGCCCCUUCCUGCACAUACACCAGCUACUCUAUAUACAGAUGCUCAAAUAAACAGGCUCUUUCCUCCAACUUCAGCUGAGUUUUUAUUUUAACCCAUUGAUACCUGGAUUAAUUUAAUUUCUUCUAUGUUUUUGUUACACUUUUUGCAUCCUACAUAUUUCAGUUGUUUAAAUACACAGUUUUGACAAACAGAAAAGGCCACAAAUUCAUUUUCAGCUGUGAGUCAUCG